UGUCACGUGAGUCAGAGUGUAAGUGGGCUGAGACAUGAAUAAAGCUUGGGAAGGAAGAUCAGUGUUAUUUAACCGAAAAGUUUUUUUUAAAGUUAGAAUUGUAUUUAGAUUAGAAAAUGAAUGUAUGUGCAUGAUGUUGGAGAGUGACAGAAGUGAUUCGUACAUGCAAGGACAUCAUCAUUUAGUUUCCUUCUGAAGAGUUGGCACAAACUUUGAGAAAGAAGCAUUGCUGUAUUGUUAAGUCAUUGUUUCUUUGAUAUUUUACUCAGACAUAAAGAAAAAUGAAGACUGAAGUUGUUAAAUUGAUUGUCCUUGCAACACUCUUGGUGGUCACAUUUUUUGCCAGUAUGCUACCUCUAUCCAUCGCAAGACGAAUUCGUAUGACUCUAGACCCUACAAGACGACUAACUCGUCAGAGGAUUAUUAGCUUUCUUAGUUGCUUUGGUGGUGGAGUUUUUCUUGCCACUUGCUUAAUGGACCUGUUUCCAGAAGUUCAGGAGCAAUUGUUAAACGGAAUGGAUAAGCUGAAUAUCAAAACAAGCUUUCCUUUCUCAGAAUUUGUCAUGAUAUUUGGAUUUUUAAUGGUAUUGACCACUGAACAGAUUAUUCUGACCUGGAAAGAAAGAAGUCCAGAAAUGCAUCCUCUCCUUAGUCAUGGUCAUAGUCAUAAUCAUAACGUAGUUGAUUCAGACCACUCAGCUUCUCCUGCUUUUGAUCAUCAGUCCAGUAUUGAGAGUGUGGGAAGUCUGGAAGGUAUUAGCAACCAUCCACACCCAGAAGAUCACAUUUCGUUUUCUGUACAUGAAGAUCCUAGUUCUCAUUCUACUCUGCGUUCAGCAUUAUUAGUUUUAGCUCUGUCUCUGCAUUCUGUGUUUGAAGGACUAGCUAUUGGACUUCAGCCUAAUGUAGAAGAUGUACUAAAAGUUUUUGGUGCAGUUACCAUACAUAAAACUAUUAUAGCUUUUACUCUUGGACUAAAUGUAGUUCAGAGUAAAUUUUCACACAAAACAGCAAUUAUAUGUAUAUCACUAUUUUCUGUAAUGGCCCCAUUAGGUUUAGCUAUUGGCCUUACUAUCAUGAAUGUAGUCCAAGGCAGUGGAAUAGCACUGACUAGUGGGGUGUUGCAGGGUCUUGCCUGUGGUACAUUUCUGUAUGUUACUUUCUUUGAAGUCCUACCACAUGAACUAAAUUCUAGCCAUGAUCGUCUUCUAAAGCUCAUCUGUGUUAUUCUGGGGUUCGGUGUGGUUUGUGUACUUGUUGGGCUUCAGCCUGAUUAAUGAUGAAAAAACUUGGAACAUAAGAAAAUAGGUGCAUACAUUUUCACACUUUCAAUUUUAUUUUGUCUUUUAUUUAUUCAAAGGUUGAAUAACCUAAGUAUGUAGAAACUCGUACCAUGUAUUUCUUACAUAUAAUUUCAGUUUAAUGAAUGACCAUUACCCUAAUUCAUUGGUUGAACUUGGUAUUUUAGAAAUUGUUUAAUAAAAGUUGAGACUGUUUGUAGAUCUAUAUGUUUUAUUACUUUAUAUGAAUACUUCAUCACAAAUAUAAACUGACUCUUAAAAGAUCAUUUUAAAUUUGACUAACCAGAAGUUUUCUUUUACAACUUUAUGGAGAAUGUUGUUAUUCAUAAAUCUUAUCUAAUGAAUCUCUAAUGAAGGUGUGAAUCAAAACACUGACUUAGUAAAUGUUCCCAUUAUAAAUCAAUGCAUUGACUUUGUGUUCAAGUAGCAGACAUUAACUAGCUAAUACUCAGUUUGGUUAAAAGUGUAGUUGUGUUGUAACUCGUGUUGGUGGUGUUAGUAUAAAUUUCUUUCUUUUUGUUAAGUCUUCACCUUCUUCAUUAUGAAUUGUCAGUAGGGCUGGAUCGUAAAAUAAUUGAGUUGAUGCACUCUUAGGUUGGAAGUCAACAAAUUUAAUGAUUUUUUAAAGUAUAUUUUUUAGCAAGUUUUAAUAUUAAAUACAUAUGUGUUUUAAGACAACUUAUUGCAAAAGCAACAAAAACAAUUUUGUUUUUGUCAAAACAAAAUCAAGUCAACCAUUAUUGUACACCCAUGCUGUACUUGUAAUAAACUUAAGUUAUAGAAAGCAUUUGGUUAUUACAAUAACAUUUCAUUUUUUCUAAGCUUUCAGUUCUAACUUCAGGAAAAAAAAAUGUCAUCCUUAAAUUAACACAAGUUUUAAAAAAUCAAUUUCAUCAUUUUCUCCCUUACCUUCAACAAGUGAUCAAAAUAAGUAGAAAAGACAUGAGUACAAAUGUACUGUAAUUGUGUAGCAAAAUGAAUUAACAAAUGGUAAAAUUCAAAACAUCUGUUUCCAUGUAAUUUAUCAGAAACUUGGCA